AUGCAUUAUAAUAAUAAGACAACGCACCUUCAACACGUCCGUGCACGAGUCACAGCAGGACUCAAGCGCCGUUGGCGCGCGAGACGGCUGGCCAACCGCAUACGGGAGCCUCACAACGAGAGCACGAAGCGGGGGCACUGUCCAGUGAAGCCCAGCGAGGCGAGCGCAACACGACGGCGGCGGGGGGAGGGCAGAGGACAGUCGUGGGCGAAGGAAAACAAACGCAAGUCGCAAAGUCGCGCCAUCCGCGCGUCCGGGGUCUUCGGCAAAUGCCGAUUGGCCCGCCAGUUCCGACCGUUCCCGAUCCGACGCGUCAGCGCGUUUGCGACUUGUGUGUUUCGUCCUCCCCCCAUCACCGCGCCCCUUCCUCGCUCUCGCUCUGCCCCUCCCUGUCUCGUCCGCUAUCCACGAGUCUAUGAGCUGCUGGGCGCUUUCGCGUUCCUCCGCGGCUCCAGCUACUCUACUUCCUUGCGACGGGCACCAGCGGAUGCGCCGCCCACUGGCCGCGUAGCGCGACAAGCGCGUAAGGCUAUUUUCGUCGCGCAAGGCUCGCGCCUAUGCUUACUGCCCUCGACAUACGCGCGAGGACUGCAGCCGCCCGGUGACGUCGUCAACGCUCGGCUCUGUUUUGACACUUGCGUGGGCAGGGCUUAUGCUCGCAACCCCUAG